AUUUUUCUAUCUUUGCAUAUCCAUACAGUGACAACAUGUGCAAGUUCAGUCUAAGUGCAGGUCUCUGUUUGAUCAUCGCCAGUUUCGCCUCUUCCUACAGGCUGGUGUGUUACUAUGACAGUGAGGCUGAAGAUAGACCGGAUUAUGGGAAGUUCACAGUGUCAGAUAUUGAUCCAAACCAGUGUACCCAUCUGAUCUAUGCCUUUGCUGACAUAAACGACGUCUAUGAGGUGGUCCCCAAGAAGGAAACUCACGAACAAGGCUAUCAGUCCUUCAAUGGACUCAAAACUAUGAAUCCACUGCUGAAAACCCUGUUGGCGGUUGGUGGCUUAACUGUUAGCACACAAAAGUUCAGUACAAUGGUGGCAGAAGAACAAAGCAGAUCAAAGUUCAUCCAGUCUGCUUUAAAAAUACUGAGAGACAAUGGGUUUGAUGGGCUAAACCUUGACUGGAGGAACCCCGGCAGUGUUGGAAGCCAACCACAGGACAAGCAGGGAUUCACAAUGUUGUGCAAGGAGCUAAAAGAGGCCUUUGUGACUGAGGGAGCAAACACAAGCCGUACCAGAUUACUCAUCACUGCAAGUGUCUCUGCUGAGAAAACAACCAUUGAUGCCAGUUAUGAAGUCUCAGAGAUUGCCAAGCACCUGGAUUUUAUUAAUGUUCUGACAUUUGACUUUCACGGACCAUGGGAAAAUGUGACAGGACAUCACAGCCCCUUAUACCAGGGAUCCGAAGACACUGGAAACAAAAACUACUCAAACACUGACUUUGCCAUGCAGUACUGGCAUGACCAGGGAGCACCAAGACAAAAGCUCAAUUUGGGGAUUGCAGCUUACGGCCGAGCUUUUGACCUCUCCACUAAUGCCAGUGGUAUUGGAGCACCAGUCAAGGGUCCUGGUGAAGAGGGCUGCUACACCGGUGAAGAUGGAUUCUGGGCCUCCUAUGAGAUUUGCCUUUAUCUUGAAGGAGUUCCAACCCAGCUGAUUACAGACCAGGGAGUUCCAUUUGCUGUCACAGAAGAUCAGUGGGUUGGAUUUGACAACAAAGACAGCCUUGAUACCAAGGUCACUUACCUAAAAACAAACAACUUUGGAGGAGCCUUUGUGUGGUCACUGGACCUGGAUGACACCAGCGGGAUGUUUUGUAAAAUGGGCAGCUUCAUCAACCACAUGAAGACUCUCCUGUCUCGAGGUUCUACAACAACUCCCACUACCACACCUACAGCAACAUUCACUUCCAAUUCCACUUUGAAACCCACUCCCACAACAAUUACCUUUAGCACAACUACAACCACUUCUCCGACCACAAGCAAAACAACUCUGAAAAACACUACCACCCCCCCUAUCACAACCACGACUAUUACCAGAACAAUCUUCACUACCACAGCACCCCCUACCAGAGCUCCCCAUACCACAACAACCUCUCUUACAACAACCACAACUUCUCCACCUACAACCAUGACAACCCCCCGUACCACAACAAUGUACAUUACCACAACCUCAGCAAGUCCCACUACAGCUACAACUGCUGUGAGCACAACCACAACAACCUCAUAUACUACAAACACAACUUCUCCUCCCACAACCUCAACAACCCCCCCUACUACAACAAUGCCCCCUACCACAACCUCAACAACCCCCCCUACUACAACAAUGCCCCCUACCACAACCACAACAAUGCCCACUACCACAACUCCCCUUGCAACAAGCACAACCAAUCCUACUAUAACCGUAACUUCUCCUACUACAACCACGACCACCCCCCCUUACACAACCACAGCAACUCCUACUUCAACCACAACUGCCACUGCUACCACAACUCCCCCUAGCACAACAACAACAACGGCUCCUACAACUAGCACAACUUCUUCUUCCAAAACCAUGACAACCCCUCCUACCACAACAAUGCACACUACCACAACCACAGCAAGUCCAACUACAACCAAAACUGCCCCCACCACCAAAACUCCGCCUACUAUCACAACAACCUCUCCUACUAGAACCACAAUGCCCUUUCCAACAACCACAACAAAGCCCACUACGACAACAACACCCCUGACCACAACUUCUCCUACAACGACCACAACUUCCCCUCCCACAACAAUGCCCACUAAUACAACCCCCUCUACCACAACCAUAGCAACUCCCACUUCAACCACAACUGCUACUGCUAGCCCUAGCACAACAACAACCUCCCCUACAACAAGCACAACUUUUUCUCCCACAAUCAUGACAACCCCUCCUACCGCAACAAUGCCCACUACCACAACCACUCCAACUACAACCAUCACUUCUCCUACGACAACCACCACAACCCUUCCUACCACAACAACCUAUCCUACUACAACCACAAUGACCCCUCCCACAACCAAAACAAUGCAGACUACCACAACCACAGCAAGUCCCACUACAACCAAAACUGCCCACACUACCACAACUCCCCCUACCACAACAACAACCUCUUCGACGAUAACCACAACUCCUGCACCCACAAUCACAACAAUUCCCCUUACCACAACUGCCCCCUUUACCACAAUUACAAGCUCUCCUACUACAACUACAGCUUCUACUACCACAACCACAGCAACUCCCACUUCAACCACAACUGCCCCCACUACCACAACUCCCCCUAGCACCACAACAACAAGUACAACUUCUUCUCCCACAACCAUGACAACCUCCUCUACCACAACAAUGCCCACUACCAGUGCUCCCCCUACCACAACCACAACCGCUCCAACUACAACCAUCACUUCUCCUACAACAACCACCACCACCCUCCCUACCACACCACGUCCUACUACAGCCACAAUGACCCCUCCCACAACAAAAACAAUGCAGACUACCACAACCACAGCUAGUCCUACUACAACCAAAACUGCCCACACUACCACAGCUCCCCCUACUACAACAACAACAACCUCUCUUACUACAACUUCUCCGACCACAACAAUGCCUACUACCACAACUCCCCUUACCACAAUUACAACAACCUCUCCAACGAUGACCACAACUCCUCCACCCACAACCACAACAAUUCCCCUUACCACAACUGCCCCCUCUACCACAACAACACCCCCAACCACAAAGACCACAACUUCCCCUCCCACAACAAUGCCCAGUACCACAACUCCCUUUACCACAAUUACAAGCUCUCCUACUACAACUGCAACUUCUACUACCACAACCACAGCAACUCCCACUUCAACCACAACUGCCCCCGCUACUCCAACUCCCCCUAGCACCACAACAACAACCACUCCUACAACAAGUACAACUUCUUCUCCCACAACCAUGACAACCUCCUCUACCACAACAAUGCCCACUACCGGUGCUCCCCCUACCACAACCACAACCGCUCCAACUACAACCAUCACUUCACCUACAACAACCACCACAACCCUCCCUACCACACCACGUCCUACUACAACCACAAUGACCCCUCCCACAACCAAAACAAAGCAGACUACCACAACCACAGCUAGUCCCACUACAACCAAAACUGCCCAUACUACUACAGCUCCCCCUACGACCACAACAACCUCUCUUACUACAACUUCUCUGACCACAACCACAACAAUGCCUACUACCACAACUCCCCUUACCACAAUUACAACAACCUCUCCAACGAUGACCACAACUCCUCCACCCACAACCGCAACAAUUCCCCUUACCACAACUGCCCCCUCUACCACAACAACACCCCAAACCACAACGACCACAACUUCCCCUCCCACAACAAUGCCCAGUACCACAACUGCCUUUACCACAAUUACAAGCUCUCCUACUACAACUGCAACUUCUACUACCACAACCACAGCAACUCCCACUUCAACCACAGCAACUCCCACUUCAACCACAACUGCCCCCACUACCACAACUCCCCCUAGCACCACAACAACAACCACUCCUACAACAAGUACAACUUCUUCUCCCACAACCAUGACAACCUCCUCUACCACAACAACUACCACAGCUCCACCUACUACAACAACAACAACCUCUCUUACUACAACUUCUCCGACCACAACAAUGCCUACUACCACAACUCCCCUUACCACAAUUACAACAACCUCUCCAACGAUGACCACAACUCCUCCACCCACAACCGCAACAAUUCCCCUUACCACAACUGCCCCCUCUACCACAACAACACCCCCAACCACAAAGACCACAACUUCCCCUCCCACAACAAUGCCCAGUACCACAACUCCCUUUACCACAAUUACAAGCUCUCCUACUACAACUGCAACUUCUACUACCACAACCACAGCAACUCCCACUUCAACCACAACUGCCCCCGCUACCACAACUCCCCCUAGCACCACAACAACAACCACUCCUACAACAAGUACAACUUCUUCUCCCACAACCAUGACAACCUCCUCUACCACAACAAUGCCCACUACCAGUGCUCCCCCUACCACAACCACAACCGCUCCAACUACAACCAUCACUUCUCCUACAACAACCACCACAACCCUCCCUACCACACCACGUCCUACUACAACCACAAUGACCCCUCCCACAACCAAAACAAUGCAGACUACCACAACCACAGCUAGUCCCACUACAACCAAAACUGCCCAUACUACCACAGCUCCCCCUACUACCACAACAACCUCUCUUACUGCAACUUCUCCGACCACAACCACAACAAUGCCUACUACCACAACUCCCCUUACCACAAUUACAACAACCUCUCCAACGAUGACCACAACUCCUCCACCCACAACCGCAACAAUUCCCCUUACCACAACUGCCCCCUCUACCACAACAACACCCCAAACCACAACAACCACAACUUCCCCUCCCACAACAAUGCCCAGUACCACAACUGCCUUUACCACAAUUACAAGCUCUCCUACUACAACUACAACUUCUACUACCACAACCACAGCAACUCCCACUUCAACCACAACUGCCCCCGCUACCACAACUCCCCCUAGCACCACAACAACAACCACUCUUACAACAAGUACAACUUCUUCUCCCACAACCAUGACAACCUCCCCUACCACAACAAUGCCCACUACCACAACAUACUUUACCACAAUUACAAGCUCUCCUACUACAACUGCAACUUCUCCUACCACAACCACAGCAACUCCCACUUCAACCACAACUUCCCCCGCUACCACAACUCCCCCCAGCACAACUACCGCUCCAACAACAAGUACAACUUCUUCUCCCACAACCAUGACAAUCCCCCCUACGACAAUGCCCACUACCAGAGCUCCCCCUACCACAACCACAACAACCGCUCCUACUACAACCAUAACUUCUCCUACCACAACCACAAUGCCCCCUACCACAACCACAACAAUGCCCACUACCACAACUCCACUUUCCACAAUCACAACAACCUCUCUUACAAAAACCACAACUUCUCUACCUACAACCAUGACAACCCCCUCUACCACAGCAACGUACACUACCACAACCACAGCAAGUCCCACUACAACCACAACUACCCCCACUACCACAACAACCUCUCCUACUAUAACUACAACUUCUCCGCCCAUGACCACAACAAUGCCUAUUACUACAUCUCCCCUUACCACAAUUACAACAACCUCUCCUACUACAACCACAACUCCUCCACCCACAACCACAAUUCCCCUUACCACGACUGCCCCUACUACCACGACAACACCCCCAACUACAACUUCUCCUACAACGACCACAACUUCCCCUCCCACAACAAUACCCACUACUCCCCUUACCACAACUGCCCCCACUACCACAACAACCCCGACCACAACUUCUCCUACAACAACCACAAUGCCCCCUACCACAACUACAACUUCCCCUACCACAACCACAACAAUGGCCACUACAACCACUACGACAACUGAAGGAAAAGCAAAAGGAAACAACUGUAAUGGAGGGAGCACAGGGCAGUUUCAAGUCCCUGGUAAAAAUAACCAGUAUUAUGAUUGUCCGGCGAACGUCAUUGUGACAUGCCCAAGUGGUCAGGUCUUCAAGAAGAGUUCAAAUUCAUCAGGUUCAUGUGUAAAUCAGUAA